GCAUUGCUCAGUGUUGCAUUUGCCCAGACUCGUCAGUACUACUUUGUUAGUACUCCGCAGAACUGGGCGAACGCUCAGAGCAAAGCUUGGAUUGGUCUCUAUGAUGACUUGCUAAACAGCUGGAGGUGGUCCCUAAACGACAGCAGCUUCUACGGUGAAGGAGAGACAACAUUCAGGAACUGGUAUCCAAAUUCACCCAACAAUUUCGGUGGAUUGCAGCACUGUGUCAGAAUAAUUGGUAGUUCUACAUUUAGCGGCACAUGGGAUGAUCGUAUAGUUGAUGGCUCACCAUCCUUUGUUUUCAAUUCAAUUGCAUUGAAUUGGACUCAGGCUCAGAGAUUCUGCAGGGAGAAUUACAUUGAUCUAGCCAGUAUACGGAAUCAAAAUGAAGACAAUAUUGUCAAAAACCUAAUUGGUUCAAGCUCCCCAUGGAUUGGUCUAUAUCGAGAAAAACUGUGGUCUGAUGGUAGCAGCUCUUUGUUUCGAUUCUGGGCUGCCGGAAAGCCAAGUUCUGAUUGGGAGCGGUGUGCUGCUGCAGCAUUCGAUGACUCAGGAAGAUGGUCAGAUGAAGACUGUUCCCUGAGUUUACCAUCAAUCUGUUACAGACCAAUGCCACCAAAUCCAAAGGGAUUCAGGGCAUCAGGACAGACUGAGACCAGGAUCACUCUGCAGUGGAAUAAAGUCAACAGCAAUGUCAGCUUUCUUCUCCAGUUUAAUGGCACAGAAACACCCAUCAGUCCACCAGAUGGAGAUGGUCCAGUCAACCACACAGUCUCAUCUCUCACUGCUGGAAGCAAAUACACAUUCACUCUCUUCUCUGUGUUUGAGAAUGUCAGAAGCAGUGGAGUCCAACUGACAGCAGCCACUGCUCCUCAGAACACUGCAAACUUCAGAGCAUCAGGACAGACUGAGACCAGCAUCACUCUGCAGUGGAAUAAACUCCAUGGGAAUGUCAGCUUUCUUCUCCAGUUUAAUGGCACAGAAACACACAUCAGUGCACCAGAUGGAGAUGGUCCAGUCAACCACACAGUCUCAUCUCUCACUGCUGGAAGCAAAUACACAUUCACUCUCUUCUCUGUGUUUGAGAAUGUCAGAAGCAGUGGAGUCCAGCUGACAGCAGCCACUGCUCCAGUAAAUGCAGACAGCUUCAGAGCAUCAGGACAGAAUGAAACCAGCAUCACUCUGCAGUGGAACAAACUCGAAGGGAAUGUCAGCUUUCUUCUCCAGUUUAAUGGCACAGAAACACACAUCGGUGCACCAGAUGGAGAUGGUCCAGUCAACCACACAGUCUCAUCUCUCACUGCUGGAAGCAAAUACACAUUCACUCUCUUCUCUGUGUUUGAGAAUGUCAGAAGCAGUGGACUCCAGCUGACAGCAGCCACUGCUCCAGUAAAUGCAGACAGCUUCAGAGCAUCAGGACAGAAUGAGACCAGCAUCACUCUGCAGUGGAAUAAACUCGAUGGGAAUAUCAGCUUUCUUCUCCAGUUUAAUGGCACAGAAACACCCAUCAGUGCACCAGAUGGAGAUGGUCCAGUCAACCACACAGUCUCAUCUCUCACUGCUGGAAGCAAAUACACAUUCACUCUCUUCUCUAUGUUUGAGAAUGUCAGAAGCAGUGGACUCCAGCUGACAGCAGCCACCGAAACACCCAUCAGUGCACCAGAUGGAGAUGGUCCAGUCAACCACACAGUCUCAUCUCUCAGUGCUGGAAGCAAAUACACAUUCACUCUCUUCUCUGUGUUUGAGAAUGUCAGAAGCAGUGGACUCCAGCUGACAGCAGCCACUGCUCCAGUAAAUGCAGACAGCUUCAGAGCAUCAGGACAGACUGAGACCAGGAUCACUCUGCAGUGGAAUAAACUCCAUGGGAAUGUCAGCUUUCUUCUCCAGUUUAAUGGCACAGAAACACACAUCAGUGCACCAGAUGGAGAUGGUCCAGUCAACCACACAGUCUCAUCUCUCAGUGCUGGAAGCAAAUACACAUUCACUCUCUUCUCUGUGUUUGAGAAUGUCAGAAGCAGUGGACUCCAGCUGACAGCAGCCACUGCUCCAGUAAAUGCAGACAGCUUCAGAGCAUCAGGACAGAAUGAGACCAGCAUCACUCUGCAGUGGAAUAAACUCCAUGGGAAUGUCAGCUUUCUUCUCCAGUUUAAUGGCACAGAAACACCCAUCAGUCCACCAGAUGGAGAUGGUCCAGUCAGCCACACAGUCUCAUCUCUCAGUGCUGGAAGCAAAUACACAUUCACUCUCUUCUCUGUGUUUGAGAAAGUCAGAAGCAGUGGACUCCAGCUGACAGCAGCCACUGCUCCAGUAAAUGCAGACAGCUUCAGAGCAUCAGGACAGAAUGAGACCAGCAUCACUCUGCAGUGGAAUAAACUCGAAGGGAAUGUCAGCUUUCUUCUCCAGUUUAAUGGCACAGAAACACCCAUCAGUCCACCAGAUGGAGAUGGUCCAGUCAACCACACAGUCUCAUCUCUCACUGCUGGAAGCAAAUACACAUUCACUCUCUUCUCUGUGUUUGAGAAUGUCAGAAGCAGUGGACUCCAGCUGACAGCAGCCACU